UCACGCCGUGGGCCACCCUGCCCAACGACACCGACGGUCGGUUGGCAGCGGUAGCAGCAGCAGCAGCAGCACUGGACAAACUGGAUCUCAGAAUUUAUGCAACAUGCAAGGGUGCAGCUGUUCGAACCAGCCAAUUCUCACCAUCGACUGUGAAGUGUUCGGCCAGCUCACACUGGACGGUCGAUACAACAUUCCGCGGGAAGCAAAAAGCCUCAACAUCCAACUCAACGUGCGAGCAACGCGACUUCACAUCAGCUCCAAACUGUUCGAGAACAGCUUGCUGAACCGAGUCCUGAUCAAGGGAAACUACAACAACGGUGGCUCCAGUCAAGUUGACCACGUUGAGUUCCUGGCGAAGGCCUUCUGUCUAAACAACGGAACCUACCCUCAGCUGGAGGUGGUGAACGUUCACACCGUCGUGUUCCACAGCCAAACUUUUUGCCAGGAAUUCAACCUCAACGUGACACGUGCCGCCGAGGUUGUUAUAAUGCAAAGUGCAUUUUCCGUGCCAGAAAGCGAAAUCCUACUCAAUGGCGUUAAGGAUAUCAGAAUUCAGGACGAUGCAUUUCGGGGAUCCGUGUCAACCAAGCUCGACAUUGUAAACUGUGGCAUCGGGAGUUUGUGCGAGUUGCGGGCGUCCUUUAAGGAAAUCAGGUUCAUCAAUACAAACAUCAAAGAAGUCUUAACUAAGGCAUUUGAUGUGAAUAAAAUAGACUCGUUGGUGUUUGAGAAUUGCAACAUUGGUGUACUCAAAUCGCAAGCGGUUACAGAAAAGCUUUUAUGUAAGCAUUUCACCGUGACAGGUUGCAAGAUUGGGACAAUCGAAAGAGAGUUUAUUUCGGAAAGCGGGUUAGUGAACUUCAUGUUGCAGAACAAUACAAUCAGCGAGAUUGCCCCAGAAGCCAUCCGGUUUACCGGAGUAACCAGUAAAAUCAUCCAGAAUAAAAUCAUCAAAACUGGAAUCAACUGGUUCUUCCAGAACGGUGGCUGGACCAGUGUGGCCAUCGUGAACAAUUCGUUCGGCGAGUUCAACUACUUUACACUGGAGGAAACUGAACAGCCUUCGCUGUGCCAAUUCCAUGGCAAUUCGGUGACCCUACCGGCAAUCCGGAGUUUCAGUUUUUUCCACCAUCAGGCGUGCACUUUGCGUGAAAUUUCGUUCAAUCGACAGUGCACUUGUGAUGAGCGAUGGAUGAAGGAGUUGUUCUUCCAGGAUUAUGAUAAGCUGCUGAAGGAAAGCUACUGCCGGAUAGAUGAGACUUUGAAGCAUUGCUACAACGCUUCAACGUUUAAUGUUAAAAAGUACACGCAACAGGUGUGCAAUGAAUCGACUCGUUCAAUCGAUUGUUCCAGCAGUCAAAAGGAGAAAAAAGUUGAACCAAAUUUUGUCAGUCCAACCGAGAUUGAAGACGUCCAGUAUCAGGACUACUAUCAGUACAUCGUGAUGGGAGCGUCAGCGAUAGUGGCCAUAGUGAUUGUAGUUUUGUGUAUUCUGUUCCGCACAAUCUGUUCAGGGAGACAAUCUGCCGCCUCAGGAGAUGUAGUUUCGAACGCCUCGUUCACGAUGACUCAUAAACCGAGCAAGGCUUUCACAAAGGAAGAUAAGUCGAUUAUUCAUCAGACGUUACAGAAAAUUAAGGAAAAGCAGUCGCCUGACACCUACGAGGACAUCUUCAUUCACACCAAGAAAUUGCUCGACGGCAACUCAACCGAAACGGAGAAAGUCCUAACAAUCGGAGAGAUCGUGCGACGUCUCAACGAAUGCGAAAACAGCGGAGAUGACUUUGUGGCAUUUACCGACAUUCUGUACCGUCAUCUGGCGCCCAGCACCAGUGCGACUCCACUUGAGACCAUCUACGCCGAACCGUCCGCUCCGGCCGAGGGCAUGACCGUGAUUGGUGGAGUCCCGGGCGGUACACCUGACCACAUCUACGCGGAACUAACGAGUGCGGCUCAACCACUGCUGAUAAACGAAUACGCCGCCCCGAUGGACUUGAGUGACUCACAUUACUCGGAACCCGUGCAAAUCAUGCACAAAGAUAACACUCGUACGCUUAUCACUCCAUACGCCAUAGGAAACAACAUUUCGGGCGCGGUCCAGCACCCACAACCCGGCACUUCGCGGAAUUUGCCCGACAUUCUCAACAGUGGCAACAGCAGCACCACCAACAGUAGUAGUAGCAAUAGUAAUACAACAGCAAAUGCCAUGAUAGUGGCCGGUGGCCCUCCUCCUCCUCUGCCGGAACCGCUUAGGUACAUGGACCGAUCGCCGACCAGCAGUCGGGAGAUUCCCGAGUACACGCUGCCAGCCAAGAAAGUGCCACCGAAACCGGCGCCACGUCGCGAACCGUCCGAAGAUUCGGACAGUUCUGGCACGAGCCAUUCGGAACACUCGGGUGGCAGUGAUAUUACGGUUAAAAUAGACGACAUUGUUGAGUACGCUGAUGCGUAGCCGACCUGGGAUCGGGUUUUUGGAUAUGGAGGGAAUGUUAGUCUAGUGUAAGAGCAAAAAAAAAAACGUCCAAAACAACACUACUGUAUGGUAAUGAAAAAUUUUUUAUAAAAAAGUGAUAUUAAUUUAAUUUAUAAAUGUAUUUUUUAUGUAAUGAAACCAAGUUGAACGAAAUCACAGAGAGAAAUAACUUUAAAUGUUAGCAAGUUAUAUAGUGAAGCCCUGUAGAUAAUGGAACAAGUGGCGUGAAAAGUAACUAAAUAAAAGACUUCCUUAAAAGAAAAA